AUGAAGUUCAUUUGUUUGACUCUCCUGUUUGUGAGUGGAACUACAGACUCAAGAUCAGAGCAGUAUAAGGUAGUGGGUCCUGCAGAUCCUGUAUUUGCUGUAGCUAGUGAAGAUGUGAUUCUGCCCUGUUCAGUCAAACCCAACAUCAGUGUUGUGGACAUGAGAGUGGAGUGGUUUAGAUCUGAUCUGAAAGUUUAGAUUGAUCUCUAUGAGGAUCAUGAAGACAGAAACACAAUUCAGAUUCAGUCCUACAGAGGGAGAACAAAACUGAUCCAUCAAGAACUACAGAGAGGAAACGCAUCACUCAAACUCUCAUCAGUCCAAGUUUCUGAUGAAGGACGUUAUAAGUGUUUUAUUCAGUCUAAAUCCUGGUAUGAUGACACCACUGUUAAUGUCAGAGUUGAGGCUGUAGGACGUCCUCCAGUGAUCACUGUAGAUGGGUUUGAUCAUUCAGGAGGGCUUCAUCUACAGUGUGAAUCUGAAGGCUGGUAUCCUGAACCUGAUCUUCAGUGGCUGGACAGUGAAGGAAUUAGUUUGAGUUCAGAAACUACAGAGAAACACAGAAACACAGACAGAUUCAGUGUGAAACACACCAUCACUGUAUAUGAGAGAGACAGCAAGAUUCACUGCAGAGUCAAACUGAGACAUCACAUGCUGGAGACACUGAUAAACACAAGUAAGAAUUAUUGGAGGACAUCAGUCAUCAUGAUUUCAGUCGCUGUUGUGUUCAGUACGUUUGCUGGUACAUUAAUAGCUACAUUUGUUAAUAAAACCAGAGUGACUACACAUUUAAGGAAAUACACAGUGAAUGUGAUUCUGGAUGCUGAUAUGGCUCAUUCACAUCUCAUCGUGUCUGAUGAUGGGAAACAAGUGAGAAAUGGAAACAGAAAACAGAAAGGAGUGGAUGAACAAAAAGACAGAUUUGAUCAACAUCUUGGUGUUCUUGGGAAGGAUGGAUUCUCCUCAGGGUGUUUUUACUUUGAGGUGCAGGUGAAGGGACAGACUGAGUGGUAUUUAGGAGUGACCAGAGCAUCUGUUAGCAGGAAGGGCUGGAUCCGUCUGAGUCCUAUGAAUGGAUAUUGGACUGUGACUCUGAGAGAUGGGGGGUAUUGGGCUUAUGAGUCUUACCAUGUCUCUCUUUCUCUGAGUGUGAAUCCUCAGAGGGUUGGUGUGUUUGUGGAUUAUGAAAAGGGUCUCGUCUCCUUUUAUGAUGUGGAGUCCAUAUAUCAUAUCUAUUCUUACACUGACCAGUCUUUUGAUGAGAAACUCUAUCCAUUUGUUUGUUUGGGGGAAGGUUAUUAUUCUUGGAAUACAAAUUCUAUCCCACUGAUCAUCUGUGAUGAUUACUAA